GGAAACGCCGCUACAAUGAAAAAGCGAGCAACGCGGCGGGCAUCUAGUAAAGGAGGCAUUGACACAAACAAACACACGUGCUUCCGAAAUGUCGAGCCGUGGCGACGAAGGUUUGAACGGCAGCCUAAAGAAAUCCGGCAGCAAAUGCUCGAAAGAGCUUUUGAGAAGCGAAAUUAUCACACGUGAAGAUCAUAUCCGCUCCCUGGUUCAGUCCAAAGGGCCGCCGAAAACUUUUCAAGUGAGAAGCUCGGCCCUGGCACAGGCAAGGUCCUUCCUUCCGAAGCUGGUCGAGGCUGAAAGGACAAGGCUGGCUGCUGGCUGCGAUGAUGGUGCGAGCAUCGAGGCAGAGGACACUACCAGCGAGGGACCCUUUAUUGAGAUGAACUUUGCCCUCGCUGGACCAGUGUCCAGCAGCGAGAGCUCCUCGGACUCGGAGGUUGAGGAGUUUGACUCUGAAGUGGAGGAAGCCAGCCCGACCAUUCAAGUGAGGCCCACCCGUAGAGCAGUCCGUCGAGGCCCAGCCACCCUCAUCAAGGAACUCCCACAGGUGGACAGUCAGCCACAGGACGAUCAUUCGUAGAUGUCUGUUUUCCAACGCUGGGUCUUGCGUUCUCUCUCAGCUGACACUUGCAGUGCUUUUUGAAAGCCUGCAAUGAGGCAGCUUGUGCCAUUGUGCAGAAGGCUUGUAAAUGGCGCUCUGUAAAUGUCCACAUCUGGUCGGCACGUUUCAGUUACUGUAUUGACUCCAAACUCUGAACAACAAAUUACAGAAAGGGAGUAUAGAUGUAUUUUUGAAUUAUCGGCAAAAAAGCCAUACCUGAAACUUGGCAACGAAACCUCCCACGAAGAAAGCAAUGAUCCGAGCUUAGCUGUUUUGAGCUGUCGCUACAAUUGUACAUCAGUGUGUACAGUCUUAACAUUGGAUGGGGUUGACCAUCUUGGGCUACAAGUCUUUGCUGUAGUUUGAUGUGAACACAAAUGUGUUACCUCCUAAUAGUUCUUUCUUGCAGACAUUUCCCAUAUUUUUUUUUUGUUAUAGCUGCACCCCAAAAUUUUGUACGUAUUUUUUGAAAGAAAGAUUGUGUUUAUUAUGUGAACAAUUUUUCUUACGGUGAGGCAGACACAAAUAAUUUAGCUUGCGCAAAAGAUGAGAAAGAGUUAAAUGAAUAAUUUGCUUCAGCAAGAAAAGGUAGCUAUGGAGUAUGUUAAAAAGGUGCCAAGGAACAUAGCGUUGUAAGUUAAAACACCAGACUUUUUGAAAUCCCAUCUCCCAAAUGUUUGACCUGAUUGAGGUUUGGGACACAAUAUGCGCUUGUUAUCCACAUGUUGUGUUCUAAAAAUUUUGCUACAUUUUUUUAUUGUGGGUUAGGUAGUGAAAACUUGACAAAAAAGAAAAUGGUAAGGUCGCUGACUUGCCAUGGCAAAAAUUAGUGACUAGCUGUUAAUAGAUGCUUUUUGCAGUCAUUACUACUUCUUGAAUUAUGUUUGACCUCGCAUGUGUAACAAAAACCUUUUGUAUUAGUUUUGUAUUAGCUUUGAGGUGUCACAGUCUCUGUUUUUUCACUUCAAGCCUGUUAAGAUAGUAAUUUGUCACAGAAACCAAGUUGAACCCCAUCUCUCAACUGUUUAAAUUCGCAUUGUUGCGUUGCGUUUUCUCUGAAUAGUGGAAGCAUCCACCAUUGUUCCAGUGACUUCAAAGUUCUGCCCACUGGUGCUAGUCCUCAGUUUCUCUCUUUAUUGUUGUGGUGUUGUAGCAAAACCAGCUGUCACACAAAGGUUAUUGAUGUGUUCCAGCAUAAGUGAUAUCUGGGCACGUAUCUGUUGCUUUGAAAAUCUGCUUUGCUGCAAUUGUUCUGGCUUGCUGCCUUGCUUGAAAGCUGUUAUUAUUUUGCUGGAACUUUCACUUGUGAACAAUUUUAGGUAUGCAGUGGAAUUUUGGUGAUAUGAAUCUGACAGGGUCAUGAAAAAUAUUUGUAUCACUCUAAAACGUUGAAGACUAGCAAGCUAAAUUAACAAAAUUCACAGUGACAAAUUUUUUACUUAGAAAAGUAAAAAGCACAAUGAAAAAAAAGGUAUUUUAUUUGCUGCAGAAGAAAUCUCUGAUGGUCUUCUGUUUCUUUUUCGUCAGAUCGCCCACCAGACUUUUUCAAAUCCAUUAAAACCUGUGUGCGUGUCGUUGCUGAACUCAUCUGUGGCAAUAGCACGCCUGAGGAUGUUGAGGGCAUGCAGCGUUACAGCUGCUGGUGAUGGCUGCUCGUCGUUGCCCCCACGAUUUUCACUGCCUUCGUCAUCACUGGAAUUCGCAGCCUCGGAUGUGGCCUUGUUGAGAAUGUCUUCAACUGUGCAUGCACCGCAUGUGGCAAGGUUGCCGUCUGCGGUAAUAAAAUCAUGCAUGGAGCACUCGGCAUCAAACUUGUACCAGCCCUCGGUUUCCGGGUCCUCUGGCUCUGGGGGCAACUCUGUAGGAUUCUUGAGGAAGCCGCACUUACUAAAGAAGUUGGUUACUGUAACUGGUGUGACUCGGUCCCAAGCCAUGGCUAUAAAGCGAAUAGCAUCCAGUAGUAUUCGCAAGUCUCCGUUCUUGCAAUCAGUUUUGGUGAGAAGGCGGUGCACAGGAAGUCCUUUAAAGUAACGCUUCGGAUUCCUUAUGACUCCAGCGUCAAGUAGUUGUAGGUGCGUGGUCCUGUUGGCGGGCAAAAAUACAAGCUGGACGUUCUGAAGUGUCUCUUGCCUCUAGUGUAUGGCACACUGAUCAAGAAUCAAGAUGAUUUUCCUGUUUCUGCUUCCCAUCCUUCUGUCAAGGAGAGAGACAAACUCUUCGAACAGGGCUGUUGUCAUCCAUGCCAUUUUGUUGAUGAAACAGCAAGGCAGAUGACCCUCCUGCUUCAAACACUUUUUGCUUCCGAGACUUCCUCACCACCAUCAGUUUAAGUUUUUUAGACCCAUCGGCAUUGCAGCAAAAGAGAUUCGAUUCUUGCUUUUUCCCUCCUUGUCAUGCUUCGCCCUUUAAUGCACGGGCUCUUCUCUGGCCGAAGGUUGGAAAACAGACCUGCCUCAUGUGCGUUGAAGACAUCACACCGUGAUGAGUGACGGCAGUGUAGUCGAGAGGCAAUCGUUCAUGGCCGACUUGUCGACCCUUUUUCCUUUGCCAAAGAUGCUUUUGUACACAAGACCGUGCUUCAUUUUGAAACGGUGCAGCCAGCCGCCAGAACCGUGGAAUCCAUCAAUGCGUGAAGUAAGCACAAUCUUGUCAGUUUUCUCUCUUAAAACCUUGCUCUUGAUAUUUGUGCCGGAUGCAGUAACUUCCUUAAACCACGUUAGCAGAUUGGCAGAGCUUCCUCUAGCUCAACAUCGUGGGCCGUCUUCACCUCCUUAGCGUUGACAUUGAAAGAAACCAUUCUUCAUGUUGCUCAUGUUGCCCAACAAUGGUGCUCAACGUCUACAUUCUGAAGCCUAGCUCCUUCGUCAACUUGCUCCGUUCUUUUACUUCUGGGCCUCAUCCACCUUUCGCAGGAUGCCCAGUUUUUCUUUAAAGGAAAGACCUCUCCGCUUGUAAGACAUAGCUUACUGCGAUGCAGCAAAUGGGCGUGAACUGAGAACAAGAGCUUGGCUUUGAAUGCAGCAGCAGCAGAGACAACUUUGGGGCCCAAAAACAUGCACACAAAAGUGUCACCCUCCCCGACUGGCAGGAUGCAGCCUUCCGCGCGAGUGCCAUCUGUACCCUCACAGCAAAGGCACACGAAGCCGCAGCAGGGUCACUGAGAUUGUGCACGCUUAAACCGCUGUGUGCGCACCCUCUCAGAGGCUAUGUAAAGCGCUGCUGCUGGGUGACGCUAGCAACUUGCCAAGCUGGUGGUGCAUGACUGCAUGCUGUUCUAUUCUGCGGCCAGACGUGGGGCGGUCUGUGGGGCGGCGUCUGUUCGUAUCAAGCACCGUGGGGCGAAAAUCCGUUGCCAACAACCAUAUUCUAGCAUAUUGUAGGCUAAUGGACCUUAGCCGGUGCCACUGAAAAAUUCAUUUCUAUCCAAAAAUCGUAUGAGCCAUGAUCGUAUCACCGAAAUUCUACUGUAUUGAAAUUAAAGCUAAUUUUGGGUCAGCUGCUUCUGUCUGAAGCUUUUAUCAUAAUUUUUAUAGCUAUGAAAUACACUUUGUAUUUGAUUUGAUAUCUGAAGCACACUUUUUUAAACUGUUCAUAUCCAAUUCAGUUAAUAAACUGCUCUAUUUGAACACUGUUAAACACAGAAUCAUUGUGGUACUAUUUGAAAAUAAGAAGGGGGCUGCGAAUAUUCGAAUAUAUGUUUGUAUACCAAUAUUCGAAUCAAGUUGAAUAUAUUGCUGGCUGCGUGGGAGCAAACAUGAUUCUUAGCAUUUGUUUCUAUUUAUUCUAUGAAUAUUGGGGUGAUUCUGUGCUGAAUUUUGUGAUUUUGUGCUGCUAGCGAAAUUUCUCCUCUAAAGCACCCUUAGCCACUAAACGUCGAAAUUGUGUGGGAAAGCUAGCCUCUCAGUAUCAAGGGGCAUGGCUUUGCGGACAGCGAGGGUGCACUUUUUUACAGCGAAGCUGUAUAUAGUUAGUCGAUUCGUCCAUCCAUCUGUGCAUCUGUCGGUCGCCUGUACACCGAAAACUCUUCCGGCGCAACCCCAUGCGCAUGCCCGAAAAAAAGUAAAGAGAGGCGUGUGAUUAGCCAACACCACCUAGAUAGCACAAGGCCUAUUUACUGCAAUCUGUGACAUCAUACUAUCUGGCCCGAAAUUUCCAUUGACAAGGCUGGCGGGAUGAAAGUGAUGACGUCAAAAUUACUGUUGCCUACUCGGGAGCAUCCCCAUUAGGUUCUAUGGCAGUUGGACCAGGUGACAUGACAUCAUGGAUCAGAGUGAAAAGGCCUUGUGCUAUCUAGGUCGUGCUGGAUUAGCUGCGCCAGUAGUGACAUUGUUGCUCUCCGUUGCAGCUGAACGCACGCAGCAGUUUCUCUCCUGCUCCAAAAUGGGCAGGCCAUGCGUCAUACGUGCUCCUGAGGAAUAGGCAACUCUCAAUCAGCAAUGCUGCGAGCAGAACCAGGAACGAGCUUGUCUACGCUGUGCCGAUGCUGCAGCCCUGGCACAAAAACAGGCUCAUGCAGCUCAGCACAAGCAGCAGCUGCGUACCAUGGAUCCGGCAGGCUACCAAGCCGUUGUUUAGUGAGCUGUCGAGGUUAACCGAAUGAUAAACACCGGGGCCGCGCAUUUCAUCUUCGCUGGUUAACCAUCUGAAUAGAGCGCUUGGGCAAUGAUUAUUUAAAUAUGCAUAAGCAUUGCUUGGCGAGCUCCCCAGCCCUGUUACAUGAAAAGUGUAAUCAAUCUCAAUCUCACUUAGCAAACUAGCUCUGUUCAAGCGGUGUUCAUUCAAUGCCUCUCCCACACUGACAAGUACAGCAUUCGGUUCACCUUGGGCCCUUUUAUGUAAUGCUGUUUUGAUGGGUGUGUAUAGGCUCAGCAGACAAAAUAUCUGAGAGAAAUUCACCACGGUAGGGUGCGACUACUCAUUUCCUCCAAAUGAUCGUACGAGACCAAAUGUGGUGGACCAAAUGUGGUGGAAAGAAAAAUUACAUGCAUUAAAGUGGAUAUGUGAAACCAUCUCUAAAUUAUAUAUUAAAAAGGAAACAAGGUUAUUGUGGAAGGCAUCAUCAAGGGCUCAUGAUUGAGCUUAGCAGUGAGCACAUAAAGUACUCCCUUGAUAUCUAUCGAAUUGGUGAGUGUGACACGUAUGGACUGUGUCAUUAGUUUCCAGGCAAAUUGCUUUGUACCUUUCUCGACUGCAUAUUGCUCAGUCACAUUCAAGACUUUUAGGAACUGGUUCAUGAUCUGAAAAAAAGAAAGAGUUCCAACAAUUCACAAUAAUACGAAGCAAAGCGAUGGCAUAUGUAAGAUCAAGCUUAAACUCCAGGAUGAUAUUUGGCUACUUGCCUGUAUCUUUUUGAAUGACGCCUGAUUCCUCUGCAUAGAAGCUUGAUGCUGAGUGCAUUGAAAGCAUCAUUCAGCAAUCUUGUGAAUGUCUCAGUCUCUUCAGAGUCCUUCAAGCCAGGGACAUUUGGUUCCCUGUACACACGUAUUCCAGUUGAUGUCUCUUCCACGGAUCGCGCGGUAUAGUAGCCGCUUUUACAGCCUGGCGCGAAGCAGCGUAGUUCAUACAAUUGGCAGCACGAUGCAAAAACAUUAAAUUGCAAAUGCAAGCGCAGGUGUAAGAAAACGAUGACGACACACAGAGCGGCAAGCCUGCCCAAAACGUGCUGCUACAGCUACUAUGCUGCGUCUUUGCUGGGCUAACUCUGUUGUGCAUACCCCCUCGCAGUGUGCAACAGAAAGGUGUCAGGUGACGCUCAGCAGUUUGAGAACUGGAAAGAAUUUAAGAGCAUGGCCAGGGGCAUUGUCACUUUGUUCAGUGCUACCUUUAUGGCGUUUCCUCAAUUUAUGCCGCACAUUGUCUGCAGAUGUAUGCUUGUAUGCAGAUGCGACCGAUCGCUUCUGGUCCUUCUCGCUCAGGCGUUUGAUGCUUAGCUGACCAGGAUUCAUGCUUAGCUUUUGCAGGAUUCGAGCUGAGGUUCUUUCAUGGACUGUGAUAAAGUUCUUAAUGGCCACUGCCACCUCUCUGUGGAAGAGAGAUACAUGUCUCUCUUCUUAGUGUGGGCGCCCAUAUUAGUGAGUGCAGGCUCCCAUUACUGUUUUGAGUCUUUCUGCGCACACACAGCUCAAGAAGGUUUUUCUCAGAUAGGCACUCAUAAGUAGGCAGUAGCUUCUGCCAGAUGUUCAGAAAAGUCAUAACAAUGCCUUGGUGCUGGCUCUCCUUUAGCUUUUGCAGAAUUCUGCUGGCGCCAAGAAUCGGAACCAGUGGUACAAAGGGUGUGAUUGGACUGACUAAUUUGAGGUUACAUGGUGAUAUGUCACCAUCACAGCCUUUUUCAUUGCCUCAGUGUCACCAUUGUGUUAAUUGAGAGCGCAGCUGUAGUACGAGCUGAGUUUGUUCACAUGGUUCCCCGUCAAUACUUCCCCUGACCCCCUAGUGGUUUGGAGUCGCAACCCUCGUAUAUUGCAAGUAGAUUGUGCAGGCUUGUCUCAGUGUGCUUUUGCACAUGGUUAAUGCAGUCCUCUUUCUGAAUAUCUAUACAGGAAAACCUCGUUAAACCGUACCUGCUUAAACAGUAGUUUCAUUUUAAAAGUAGUAAAGUCCAAUCCUCGACUCAGGGCCAUUGAACAUAAUGUGUUCUGUAUCCGGAUAAACCAUACCAGCUUAUUGCGUACCAGUGGCGUAGCCAGAAAUUUCGUUCGGGGGGGGGGGCUCACGCUGCAGCUCGGCCUCCUCCUUAAGAGGAAGCUUUGUGCUCCUACCUAAAUACAUGUAGAAGGGGAAUUCGGUUUUCUCGGCAACCACUGCACCAAAUUUGACAAGGUUUGUUGCAUUUAAAGGAAAAACUAAAAUUCUAGUGACUGCUGGUUUCGGAUUUUUCAUUUGGGUUGUCAAUUUUAUCAAGAAUUGGCCAAAAUCACAAAUUUUCAGAAAAUGAAACUAUCUAGUUUAUAACUCUAACUCAACAAUGAAAAUUGACAUCAGAAUUCUGUGAAUUGUACCUAAUAGUACAUCUACAGUGAACAAAAUUGAUAUGUUACGCAUGAAUCUAACAAAAAUGUAGUAUUGUGGAAAUACGGCUUUUGCAGAAACCUUGCACACAACGUGACCAAUUCACGUAAGCUACAAAUUGACAUACCAAAUUUGACUGCUUUUACUGUUAUAAUAGAUGCCAUUUACAGAACAGCGAUAUCUGUUCUUUAUGCAACUUUAUUAGUUUGUAAACGUCAUGCUGAUAUUUUUUUUCGAACUUGAAUUUUUAGAAAUAUUUUAAACAAAAUUAAGGCCCUAAAUUGAAAUUCUGCUUCCAAUAGACACUAGAAUUGACCUUUCUCUCUCAAAUAGAACAAAUUUCAUGAAAAGCGAUCCAGGGGUUAUCACAGAAAAGCGUUUCUGCAUUUUACAUGUAUUUGAAUAAGCCGCGUCGGCGUUGGGCCAGAGCUAAAACUUUGUCUUAAACAAUUUGUCGAGGGAUGAAAUACAUGAAUAAUAAUUGCACUGCCAUUGCCAAAGAUGUUGCAAACGAAUUCUUGAAUGCUACACACUGUCAAAACAAGUAAAAUAUGUAUUUUUUCAUAAAAUAUACUCGUAUGUGCUAAAAAUUGUGCUCAAAAUAACUUAUAAUAAUGCUUCCACGUUUUUUGUGUAUUUAAUAAGUAAAGAAAAUAUCACACAGACUUUAGAAUUUUAUCAGUCCGAAAUCAGCAAAGCAGUGCAUGCCGCUCAUAUGAAAAAUGUAAAGGCCAUGGAAUGAACAAGUCAUGGGCAAAUCUGUUAAUGAAACUUUGUCAUUCAAGAACUGUGUUUACAUGCUUGUGCAUAUGCAACGGCCAGUGAAAAAUCUCGAUUACCCUCUCAUUUGUUCCAAUGUAUUACGCAGGAGCAACUAUCACUGGUCGUGUAAUGUGAGUAAAUGCACCGAAAUUAUAGUGUCAACAGAGACCACGUAUAGAAAGCAGGAGUUCUGCAAAACAUACGAGGGCAAGUGAAAUGAAAGUGAGCCAAUGCGAAUAUAUGAGAAACGGGGUACCUUAUUUAAAAGUAGUCUCCAUGAGCAUUUAGACAUUUGUCCCAUUGACUAACGAGUUGCGUGAUUCCCGUCUCAUAAAAGUCCUUGGGUUGCUGCUUCAAAAAGUCGGCAACUGACUCACGUUAUCGUCCGACACAAAUCUGGUUCCCUUGAGCUGUUUUUUCGGUAGCCCCAAAAUGUGGAAGUCGCAAGGCGACAAGUCUGGUCUGUACGGCGGAUGUUCUAGCGUUUCCCACUUGAACUUUGCCAAUUUCGUAUUAACCACAUCAGCGACGGGGGGACGGGCAUUAUCGUGGAACAAGAUGACCCCAUCCGUCAAUUUUCCCCGUCGUUUGUUCUUGAUUGUGACAUGCAGCCGUUCCGGCAUUUCACAAUAUUGGCAACAAUUGAUAGUCUCUCAAGAUUUAGCAAAUUCUCUCAGUAAUGGCCCCUGACGAUCGAAAAAAAGAAAGUCAACGCCACCUUUCUGGCAGAAAUUAUGGUUUUUGCUUUCUUUGGGCGUGAUGAAUUCGAAUGUUUCCACUGUAAGCUUAGCCGUCGUGUCUCAGGCUCGUAAUAGUGGCACCAUGGUUCGUCCCUGAUAACAAUUGCAGACAACAAGUCGUCACCCUCUUUGUGAUACCGGAUCAGAUGAGUCAAGGCAGCGCCAAACUUCUCCGUCAUCUGGCGGUGGUUCAAAAUCUUGGGCAUCCAUUGCGCACACAAGAGCCGAUAACCAAGAUGUUUAUGAAUUAUGGUGUGAACCGGACCGGGAAUGAUGUUCACACGCUCUGCCAGUUCAUUGAUGGUUAUCCUCCAUUCUUGUCUCAUCAGCUCAUCAACCUUUGCAAUUUUGUUAGGGGGGAUUGCACAAUGGCUUUGGCCCGGUCUUGGACCGUCUUUGUAACUUUCACAUCCUUCUUUGAACCGUUUGCUCCAACGCUUCACAGUGGCCAAUGAAAUGCAAUGUUCAACAUAAACGGUGCCAUGCGGCGACUAAUUUCUUUUUGGAAAAUGCCUUCAGCUGUCAAAAACUUCAUGGCACCAUCCUGUUCAACUUUUGGAGUGUCCAUUAUGUCACGCAACCAUGUUUAACCCAGUGUAUGAGAGCAUUAAAGAGCAUUUAUCCUCACA